UUGACAACGCGUUUCGAUAGAGUCCUCUGGGGACAUUGAAACUACAUUUUUGGGUGACAACUAGCCAUCAAAUCGCUCAUUUAGCUCGCUCCCUAGUCUCUACCUCUCACUCACUCCUUGGCCCAGUGGUCAGCUCGAUCCGCUCAGUGAAAGGGUAUGUUGGAUUGACACUCAAAAUCAAAUCGAACUGUUUAAGACUGACCGUCAAUCUACCGUGAUAGUGAGAGUGGUCAAAAAGCUUCUGCUGCAUAUUGUUGUGAGCUUCUUGGAAUGUUUCAAAACUCGGUGUUAUUUUACUUUCAUCAUCAGUGCCGAACGGACCAUUGAACCAGUGAUUGUGUGGGUUAAGUGGCGUAAAUAUCACAUCUCUACCUCAACCAAUGCAUCAGCUUCUACAACAUCACCGUCAGUGGCAUCAUUAAUAACAUCAAAUCGCGGACCUCAUGCAUCAAUUCGGUAACUAAAAUAUAAAUCGAAUUUCAUCGCGUAUCAUGUUUCUUUGGCACUCACGAGGGCCAAUCUCAUUUGAAGCAGAAUGGAAUGAAGCUCAUCACGUUUUGGUGCGCUAACGGGAAUGCUCGGGGCGGCUCAUGGCGGCAGAAUAGAUUAUCCAAUGACGACUUAUCCAUCACACUUUGGUAACACCAUUGGGAACCAUUCGGCGACCAUGGCAUAUUUAAAAAGUACACCCACAUAUCAUAUGAGUGGAAUUGCGCUGGGAAUGCCCUCGCAUGGUUUGGACUCGUUACCCAAUCACUAUGGCCAUGGAGUGAAGAAGCAACGCCGAGAGCGAACUACAUUCUCCAGACAACAACUCGAUGUUUUGGAAACCUUGUUUCAAAAAACCAGAUAUCCUGACGUAUUUAUGAGAGAAGAAGUUGCAUUAAAGAUCAACUUGCCGGAGUCACGUGUUCAAGUUUGGUUCAAAAAUCGUCGCGCCAAAUGUCGCCAACAGCAAUCUCAACGUUCCGAAGAAGCAGAUAGCAAGACGAGCAAGGCCAAAAAGGCGGCGAAAGUGAUGCAAUUGGAAUCCAGUCCUCAUAGUAGUAGUGCAAAGUCCCGAGAGAGUGUGUCCCCUCUUUGUGGAACCACCGGCACAAACGGGGCUCUAGGCGCGGUGGGUGGAGCGGCAGGGGGAGGAGGCAGCGGGACUCCGCCCAAGAAUAUUAAUGCCCUCUCAGCCAUGAACUCUGCGAGUGAAAAUUCCUCCUAUCCAAGUCCUACCAUAACCCCUGUGGCCGUGCCAAGUUCGCUAGAUAUUUAUAACAACGAGGCUGCGCAAAUCUCGUCAUUUUGGAACCCGAACAACCACUUUGCUGCAGAGUUGAAUAACCCAAGUCGAUCCACCUUGCUCAUGCAGGUCAAGGCUUCUAACCUCACAACUCAGGCGUCAACCAAUGUGUCAAGUUACAACUCUUAUUCUCAUUCUCCUUACUACCCGGGAGUGGGCGUGGAUCUCUCGUAUUUUGGUCAUUCCAAUCAGCCGAGUUCGCACCAAUAUUCGAACCCGCACUACAUUGGAGGGAGUGCUCCUCCACCCUCGAUGCUUCGCUCAUCGGCUUUACCCCCGUCAAUACCCUCUGAAUAUGAUUCAUUCUCGAAUGAAAGAUAUCAGCACCUGUGAAUGUUUAUAACACCAAGACCACCUUUGUUCAAAGGGCGCAUUAGAUUCAAAAUAAGUGCAGGGAAGGAUACGGAUCUAUAAAGUAUGAAUAAAACCAAAACAAGGGCUCCAGCUCAAGGAUAAGUGUAUUGGGUUCGCUGGUUACUAACCAGAUACAGCCACUAGGUGUCCUUCCCUGUGCACUGAUCAUAAGCAUCAUCAUCGUCAUCACUAUUAUUUCACACCUCCUCCUCAAUAUUACAAUUAUUAUCAUUACGAUUAUCAUUUUCCAACCUAUGAAUUUUGAAAACUACUGUUGUUCAGCACACCGUGGAAAUGACGGCAGUUGUCGCACCACGACAUCCUGUGUACUCAAGACUAAUGCAGAACUUGGAAUACGCAAUAAAUUGUUCAAAAUAUAUCAUG